AAUAAUGGAGGCUUGACCGUUGAGUUUGUAUGCGCGAGGCUGCUGGAAUUUCACCGUGGCGGUCAGCAAAGUUGCUCGUUUUCCUGUCCUCAGACGUCCCAAGUUGCUAUUUUCGGAUACGGUUUUCCAGACAUCGGAGUGUCUUCGGAGUCCCUCCGCGUGUUUACGAGGUUGCGAUUCAUUUUGCGCCGUUUCCAGAAUGAUAUUAGUUAGCUAGCUAACUGGCUAGCAAGGAGGCUACCUGGCUAUGUUAGCCGUUACUUUCGAACCUCAACGAAGUGUCCGACAGACAACCGAGGCUGAUUACUGAAUAAUUUAGGUGUGCUGACGCCAGGAGAUACGGAAAACGAGCUCAUCAUGCGACGAUAAGCUCUGUCAGGAGAAAUUGGUGUACAAUAUGUCAGCCCUGACGGUCACCCCGGCGGAUGCCUCGUGUCACCGUGUCAUGGCGCUGUUCUUUGCUCCGGGAUUCUGUUUUGAUUGCACAGAUUCAUCGCUGAUAUUGUAACUUUUUGUUGUUGUUGCCGUUUUCUUUUAAACCCGUGAAACAUCAGCAAUGAAUGCGUGCGAGGCGAAUUUGGACGGGUACUUUGAAUAACGUUUUCCAAGUAGAAAUUUACGAGGAAGCGCCGUCAGGAUCGGACUUUUAAUAUUGACAUUAUUGUAACGAGCGGACAGCUCUUGGAGGGCCAUGGCUUCGGUGUGGAAGAGGCUGCAGCGCGUGGGGAAGCAUGCGUCCAAAUUCCAGUUCGUAGCCUCCUAUCAAGAGCUCAUGGUGGAGUGUACAAAGAAAUGGCAACCCGAUAAACUGGUGGUAGUGUGGACACGGAGGAGUCGGAGGAAAUCCUCCAAGUCUCAUAGCUGGCAACCAGGUAUCAAAAACCCCUACAGAGGAGUGGUGAUCUGGCCUGUUCCUGAGAACAUCGAGAUCACGGUCACUCUGUUUAAGGACCCGCAUGCUGAGGAGUUUGAGGACAAGGAGUGGACAUUUGUAAUCGAGAAUGAGUCUCCGUCAGGUCGCCGGAAAGCCCUGGCCACCAGCAGCAUCAACAUGAAGCAGUACGCGAGCCCCAUGCCCACGCAGACGGAUGUGAAGCUCAAGUUCAAGCCUCUCUCCAAGAAGGUGGUAUCGGCCACGCUGCAGUUCUCUCUGUCCUGCAUCUUCCUGCGGGAGGGAAAAGCCACGGAUGAGGACAUGCAGAGUCUGGCCAGUCUGAUGAGUAUGAAGCAGGCAGACAUCGGCAAUCUCGAUGAUUUUGAGGAAGAGACCGAGGAGGACGAGGAGAACCGAGUCAACCAGGAGGAGAAGGCUGCCAAGAUCACAGAGAUAGUCAGGCAGUUAAAUGCCCUCAGCAGUGUAGAUGGAGAUCCAGAUGACUGCGCAGAUCACACGCUCACAACAGCCUGUACCUCUGCAGAGUUCAUCCAUAAGCUGAACCUGUUGGAAGAGGCGGACCCAGGUCACAUCACCUCCAGCUCUAACCCAUUUGAGGAGCCCGAUGACCCCGUGGACCUCAACCCCUUCGGUGACCCUGAUGAGGAAGAAGCGGCCGCUCAGCCCCUUCUACAGUCAACUUUAAAGGAUGAUGAGUCUUCAAAAGCAUUCAACCCGUUCGAUGAGAUCGAUCCUGACCAGAACACGGACCUGGACCUGCCUGAGUACAAAAACCCGUUUGACGAGCCGGAGCCAGAGCCUGAGGCCCAGACAGAAAGGUCGCCCCCUAGAGAUAGCAUGAAGAAGACUGUACGACCAGUGGACAUGAGCAAAUACCUGUACGCAGACAGCAGCAAGACUGAGGAGGAGCUGGAUGAGUCGAACCCAUUCUACGAGCCCAAGCCUGGCAGUCCAGCCCUCUCCACAUCCAGGAAUCCCAAACGCCGUGCACCUCUUCCCCCUGCUACCACCUCAGUUACCCCAGCCAGCCUCAUAGCCCCCAGCACCCAAAGACCAGCUGUCGCCGAGAAAGCGCCGGCCGGUCCCACGCCUGCACCCGCUCUGGCAGUGAGAGAGCUGGCCUCUUCCUCACCUAAGCCCAGUCCCGUUCCCAGUCCAGUUCUGGGAGUCAGGCCUAAUGCGAGUCAGUGUCUGCUGGUGUGGUGCAGGGAAGUGACGAAGGACUACCGCGGUGUGAAGAUCACCAACUUCACCACCUCCUGGAGGAACGGCUUGGCUUUCUGUGCUCUGCUCCACCACUUCAGACCAGACCUCAUUGACUACAAGUCUCUGAAUCCUCAAGACAUUAAAGAAAACAACAAAAAGGCGUACGAUGGCUUUGCCAGCCUGGGUAUUUCCCGUCUGUUGGAGCCUGCAGACAUGGUGCUCCUGGCGAUCCCGGACAAACUGACAGUGAUGACGUACCUGUACCAGAUCCGUGCGCACUUCAGCGGGGAGGAGCUCAACGUGGUCCAGAUCGAGGCCAACAGCAGCCGCAGCACGUACAAAGUGGGCGACUUUGAGACGGACACCGAUAGCUCCAUCGACCAGGACAAGUUCUACGCUGAGCUCAACAAGGACCUCCACCGAAACGAAAUACUGCAACCACCCGUCAACGGGGGUCACGAGGAGGAAGCGGAGCCAGAAGGGGCAUCCAUCAGGGGCGGAUGUGAUUUUGUUAACUCAGUGGGGACGGUGUUAUCAGAAGGGGGCCCAUCUUUACCAACUUGUAGCCCUGUCUCCGUUUCCCCUGCAACAGCAUCAGAGUCGCACCCCGGGCCGGCUCCCCGGACCAUCCCCAACUCUUCCUCCACCCAACCCUUCACUCCGGAGCGGAAAAAACUCCCAAAGGUGGACACAACGGACGUGGCACGCCCCUCCAUCGGCGCGGCGUGCAGGAAGGAGGAGGGCGGGGCUCCGGACAGCGGCGAGCAGAUGCGGCCGCUGAGGGUCGGUGAGGCGAGGGGCGGGGCUUCAGAGGGCGCCUCGGCCGCACUGCGCACAGGCUCCUCCCCUCCACGCCUCCAUAGACUGAAGCCCAGCUGCAGCAGGGAGGCAGAUGUGAGCAAGACAAGAAACACCGUGAUGGACAGUCCACCCGACAGCCUGCCUCCAGCCAAUCACAUGGACACAGCCAUUACACAGAUACAGACUGUUUCACCUGUCCUGUCGUCCAGCACCAAUGAGGAGAAGAAGGUGCAGUCGCGGCAGGAGGAGCUGAAGGAGAGAGCUCGUCUGCUAUUGGAGCAGGCCCGCAGAGACGCUGCUCUGAAGGCCAGGAACAGAGCUCCCCCCAACACCAGCUCACCCACACAUGCCCGCCCUCUGCACCUCACCCAUGAGCAGGAUGAGGAGAGGCGCCGGCAGCUGAGAGAGAGAGCUCGGCAGCUGAUAGCGGAGGCUCGAUCAGGAGUAAAGAUGGCCGAGUUCCCCCUCCACGCACACCCCCCCACUACUGCGGCACACUUCAAAGGAAGGUCACAGGCUGCUGGAGACAUAAUGGAUGGGAAGGAUGAGGAGGAACAGGGGGGUGAUGAAGAGCCAAUGGCAGCGUCCCCCGAUGACAGUGUCACUGGCCGGGAGGACGAUGAGCCAGUGGCCUCCUGUCUGAUGGAGGAUGACUUUACUAACUCUGCUUCUGACCUGGCUUCGCUCGGAGUGAUGAACAGUAGGCACGUGGACCUGAAACUGAAGAAGCUAGCGGACCUUCGGCCGCAGGGCGGAAGCUCGCCAUCCUCCUCCUCCUCUUCCUCCUCUCUCACAGCCUCCAGCACCUCUCUCCUCAGCCCAGGAGACGCGCCGGACCUGAGCCUGCAGAGCACUGUUGAGGACCUCAGGGCAGAGCGGCUGCGCAGAGCAUCCGAACGCCUCCGCAGCACUGUGGUUUUCAGCAAGGAGUCUGCCGUGCGCAAGACUCAGCUCAAGUCCUUCAGCCAAUACAUGGAGACCAGGCCAGAGGUGCGGAGACAGAGGUCAGUGCCUGAGGAGCUGAAGUUUGUGGGCGAGGAGGGCGGAGGACAGGAGGCAGAGGGACGCAGGACCAUGGACGAUGAGCAGAAAGCGUUCAAAGACACCAGUCAGUAUGUGGUAGGGGAGCUGACGGCUCUGGAGAGUGAGCAGAGGCACAUUGACACUCGCGCGUCCUGCGUGGAGAAGCGUCUUCGCUAUCUCAUGGACACAGGCAAGAAUAAGGAGGAGGAGGAGGCGAUGAUGCAGGAGUGGUUCACACUGGUCAAUAAGAAGAAUGCCCUGAUCCGUCGCCAAAAUCAGCUGUCGCUGCUGGAGAGGGAGCAUGAUCUGGAGAGACGCUUCGAGCUGCUGAACCGGGAGCUGAGAGCAAUGCUGGCGAUUGAAGACUGGCAGAAGACCGAGGCCCAGAAGCGCCGUGAGCAGCUUCUCCUGGAUGACCUGGUCAUCCUGGUCAACAAACGCGACGCACUCGUGCGAGAUCUCGAUGCACAGGAGAAGGAGGCGGAGGAAGAGGAUGAGCACCUGGAGAGGACUCUGGAACAGAACAAAGGAAAGAUGUCUAAGAAAGAGGAGAAGUGUACCCUUCAAUGACCGUCAUUGGGACAGAAACACACUAAAAUGACUAAGGAUCAAAAGAGUAUUCACUGCAAUUUCAAGAAAUGUAUUAUUAUCAUACUGAACCACACGUCAACACUUAUGUUUAUUUCAACUUUAUAUGAAAGUUGGGUCCACAAUUCUAACCCUGGGCUGGUGGGUAACCCUGACUAACACCUUGGGUUUCCUGUACACUGAUGGAUUACGUUUCACACACGGUAAUAGAUUAUGCUCCAUUUUGUUUUGAUUGCAAACAAGGUACUUUUAUGUGGUAGAGGCGUAAUGCUGAAACCAAGCCCAAGCCUUUCUGCGGAGCCGAACAACCCGCAGCCCAGUGACUCGGAGAGAGCCAGACCAGACUCUCGGCCUUUCGGUCCGUGACGUGUCAGGCGCACGUAGCCUCUUAGCCUUGACAACGUGGGCUCAUUUCACAUGCGGGAGAUUCUGAGUGCAAAGUUUUUAGGUACAACACAGCGUUGUUUUAUAAGGAAUGUUUCAUUAACAUUUAUUGGAUUUCCAAAAAAAAAGAAAAAUAUUUAUCAUUUCAACUUGGAGAUCAAAACAUGUCAGCAUAUUCUUUAUAGCAAGCAGUGUUUAUUAUUUAAUGAAUAUCUCUUUAAUGAAUGUCUCUUAAUUACACUACUUUUUAAAUGUAUAGAAUAUCUUCUGAUGGGAAUGUUGCAUUUACAAAUGCACACUUUUUUUUAUUACAUAUUUUUUGUUCAUGGAUGGUUUACCAAACAUUUAAGAUCUAGUAAGUUGGGAUGUGUAGUACUUUUAAGUACUUGCUUAUAGGGGAGUGAGGGUCAGGCUGUAUAUUUCAUUUGACUGUCUGGGGGGGGACUUGCAAUAUCUUAUAUACAGGAGCACUCUGAGAUCAGAUUUGAAUUAAUGUCAUUUGUCUUUUAAGAUAUGUGCAAGUGACCAUCUUCACAUCCACACGCAUUAACUGAGGACCUCGUUAAUAUUUAUUGUAUACUUAAAAAGAGAUCCAUGCUUUCAUAUGUCUCUGGUUCACAUCUCGUGCUGCUGACUUAUUGUGUGAACAUUUGUUUAUUUAUUCCUAAAAUUACCAGUCAUCAAUAAAAACCGAAACGCUUUCAUACUCUUAA